GUGCGCGUACUGCCCGCAUUGGAUGACAACUUCAUGUUUCUGCUCUUCAACCGCCACACGCGCCGAGCCUUGGCCGUCGACCCCGUCCAGCCCGCCAGCCUCGUGCGCGAGGCCGAGCAGCUGGACCUGGUCCUGGACACCGUCCUGACAACACACCACCACCACGACCACGAUGGUGGAAAUGCGGCCAUCCAAGAGCUGGUCUCGGACAUUACCGUAUAUGGUGGUGAUGAACGCAUCGAUAAGCUGGACACCUUGCUCCAACCCGACGCCACCCUCGACUUUGAUGGUCUUCAAAUCAAGGCAAUCAACUCGGGGGGUCACACCCACAAUCAUGUCAGCUUUUACGUGACCGAUCCCAACGACCCCAGCGCCCCGGGCGCCCUCUUCGCCGGUGACUCCCUCUUUGUCGGUGGUUGUGGCCGCCUCUUCGAAGGCACUGCCGACGACCUUUUUGAUACCUUUGCCCGCUAUCAACAACUCCCUUCAGACACUGUCUUGUAUUGUGGCCACGAAUACACGGUGGCCAACCUGGAAUUUGCCCUGGACAUGCUCCCCUCCAGUUCGGAGAUUCAGGCCAAGUUGGAAUGGGCACGGGAGCGACGCAGCCAACAAGCCCCGACCGUUCCAUCCACCCUCGGUGCUGAGCGCCAACACAACCUUUUUUUCCAA